UUGGCCGAUCGGCUGAGGUUAUUGAAGCCGGCUGGCGGCCACGGGGACUCGAAGCUCUCCUGGUCAGAAAUGCAAGACUAGAGAGAAAAAAUGAGUCCUUCCCACACCAUGAUGCCUGUUCCGUUUGGAGAUUAAUGGUUACCAUAAGAGCUUUAUUUUUAUUACUUUGAUAUCGGACAUUAAAAGUGAUGGCAACCGAAUUUAUAAAAAGCUGUUGCAGGGGAUGUUUCUAUGGUGAGACGGAAGACAACAAUUCAUCCAUGGAAAGAGAGUCUAAAGCAGCAGCCAAAAAUGGACCAAGCGCAACAUGUCUACCUCCAAUGUCUUCUGUGUCAGUGAAGUGUCAAGUUGCCUGUUCAGAGGAUUAUCUCCUUUCCAAAUUGCCAUCUGAUGGCAAAGAAGUGCCUUUUGUGGUUCCCAACCUUAAACUAGCUUAUAUACAGCCCCAAUCUCAAGAAACCACGUCACACCCAGAGGAACUUGAAGGUUCUAUCAGAGCGUCUUUUGAAGACAGAAAGACAGAACUUUCCAAUUUAUCUCUGCAUGGCUUCAAUAAUGAUGUGGUAAAUAAUCCAAUCUACAUGCAUCGGCAUAUUUCGCCAGACCUGAUUAGACGUUUCCCUCCUAAUCCAGCCACAGUGAGACUAUAUGGAUCAGUUUGUGACUUAAGGAGCCCCAAAAUUCCUACUUCUUCAGGGCUGAGCAAUUCUAUGUUCGAUCUCACAGGCUCACCUCAGAAGUUCGUGCAGAGUUAUGAUUCAUUGUCCAGUGUACCCAGCAGUCCCUCAUCAAGAAAGAAUUCACAAGGGAGUUCUCGGAGCCUAGAUACAAUUGCAUUAUCAGGGGAUGAAAGAGAUUUUGGAAGAUUGAAUGUAAAGUUAUCUUACUGUUCUUCAGUAGAACAAAUUUGGAUCACACUUUUACAGUUCAGGGAUCUGAAUUGGCCUUCUAGUUCUGGAGAGAAUCCUACUGUCUCUAUAAAAGGGAUCUUAACUCUUCCUAAACCAGUACAGUUUAAGUCUUCAGCCAAAGAUGGAUCCAAACAUAUUGAAUUUAUGGAAACCUUUGUAUUUGCAAUCAAGCUCCAAAAUCUACAAACAGUAAGGCUAGUGUUUAAAAUCCAAACCCAGACUCCCAGAAAGAAGACCAUUGGAGAAUGUUCUCUGUCCCUCAGAGAGCUCAGCACCCAGGAAAAGGACUAUUGGCUAGAUGUAACACCACCUUCAAAAGUUUCAGUGUGUCAUGCAGAACUUAAAGUAGGAACUUGUUUCCAAGCAAUAAACAGCAGAAUUCAGUUACAAAUUCUUGAGGCACAUCAUCUCCCAAGCUUGCCAAAACCUCUUACUUUGAAUUUCUUUGUGAAGGUGGCAAUGUUUGGCUCAGGAGAGUUGAUUUACAAGAAAAAAACUCAUCUACUCAAGUCCACUAAUGGAAGCGUGAAAUGGGGAGAAACAAUGAUUUUUCCUCUAACACAAAAUGAAAAAGGAAUUAAUUUUCUCUUAAAGCUCUAUGGCAGGAGUUCAGUAAGGAGGAAACACUUCGUGGGGCAGAUUUGGAUAAGUGAUGAAAGUAACAGUGUUGAAGCCGCAGACCAGUGGAAAGAAACCAUCACAAAUCCAGAAAAGGUUGUCAUCAAGUGGCACAAGUUAAAUCCAUCUUGAAGAUAUUAGGGAUUCUCUUCAUCAUGAACUUUGGAUCCCUAUAGAAGACUUUAUGCAUUUUAAUAUAAGACCAGUAAGGGUCGGGAAAAUCAGUGGUGCUUUUUAGGUGGCCAGUAAUUGUCACAUGUAGUGAGUAUGAAAAACAAUAUGAUUGUUUCCAGAAAACAAAAAGGAGGAUACUCUUUCAGAGUUGAAAUGUUACAGAACUAUUAGAUAAUAAAAUUACCUAGUAACACGAAUCCCAAAUCAAGUAGAACACUGAACACAGUCAUGGCUGCAGUUGGUUUGUGGUUUUUAUGAAGCUUUAAUCACAUUUUCAAAGUCUCACAUUAGAAUCUGAUAGUACUGCUAAGAGUUGGAAGACUUUUGCUGCUGAAUAGUUUAGUGAUCGUAAUCACUUGGCCCUGUCUUGGCAUCAUUGAAUAUAUCCAGCUAUAUUUUUUUUCUUCAAAUGGUUUGAAUUCAUCAAAACACCAAAAGUGUCUAGCUAAGUACUUUCCUCCUUCAUUUUUCAAGUCCUCUGUAUUUAAAGGAAAUGUGAUCCAUAUGUUUUUAUUCAUUUACCCACAACUCAUCGAACUGCUUCUCUGCAAGAGUUAUUUGAUAGCCAAGAAGCUUAAUGAACCUUUUAGAGCCCUUUUCCCCCUUAGAAACAGGAAGCUGUGUUUUGCCUGAAAUAAACUAAGUUGAUCCCCAGCUGGUUAGAGUUCAGUUGACAAAUCAAAACCCAUGGAGUGGAUUCAGUUGGUCAAAUGUUUUCUCCUUCGUCCAUCAAGUAUUUGAUUAUUCAUUUUUAGCAUGUUCAUAUGAGGUCAUUCAUUCAGUCAUAUUUAUUGAGCAUUACUAUGUGCAGAACACUGUACUAAGCUUUUGGAAAGUACAAUUCAACAGUAGAGACAAUCCCUACCCAACAACGGGCUCAUAGACUAGAAAAUGGGCUCAUAGAUCAGCACCCGUACGGCCUUCUCUCUUUAACCCAGAGACAUAACCUUAAGUGGAAAAGCUCAGUAUUUCAUGUGGGCCAUUGGGUUUCUUUUUUAAAAAUAUAAAUAAUUUCUUUUUCAAUUUAGACAAGCAUAUUUUCCUACACUUCUCAGCAAAGAGGCCUAAUUCUUCUAAACAACAAGUAAAUAUUUACUGUUGGAACUUUUGUGAAAUGUUCACUAGAAUUUCAUAUGUGUGGUGCAGCUCUUCAAAACUGAGGCUUCCAACGGCGCUUGCCUACUCUUUCAUGUUUAGUACAGUAACGUUGCUGGGAACAAUGAUUCUGGAAAAACUCUAAACUUUAUUUCUUGCCAGUUUGUAAUCCAAAUGCUUUGCAGUCUUUUAAAUUUGAUCUAUUUUUAUUUUUAUUACCAUGAUGGACAUUGGAGAAAACUAGACAAAAUGAAUACUCCUCCACUCAGUGCUCCUGCCUCCACACCCACUGUCACAUUCUUUCAUCUAGCUCAGAUCAAAAAAUCCCUAGAAUUAUCACCCCCAUCCCUGUAUUCAUAUUUCCUCGCUCCAUUAAAACUCCCUUUCCAGCACCUCUCAACAGACAACACAUGCUCAGACACCCUACCUCCUCCUUUACCUCUCACUGUCUGCCCAAAUUCCUUCGUUUCCAUCUUCGGUGAGGAAGAGAGUUUAGAGAGGGGAAACCAUGUUACUGACUCUGUGAGGAUAAAGACUCCAAGCAGUUUUAAAAUUGUUUUUUAAAAGCUCUAAUGGAAAUGGUAGUAUGAUGGGCUGUGCUUAUUUUGCCGGGCAUGUAGAACUAACCCUGUGAUGAAGAAUUCAUAUCUUUUUUUCACUGAGAAAGUAGAACUACUUUUAAAUUAGUUGACACCAUAGAAAAUUGGUACUUGGGUAAGAUAUGAAAUAGCACAUUGUAUUGAAAUGUAUUGAAAUGCUCCUAGUGCUUUAUUUUAGCUUUACUCUCUUGUCCAGUGCUUUUGCUUUUAAUCUUUCCAAUGUAUUUUUGAAUUCUGAGCUAUAUGUAUUAUUUUAACAUUCUUGCACAAAUCAGAGCUGAAGAUUUAUGGAAAGUUUUUUUAACAUUUAGAGUAUCUAACAUCAAUGCUGCCUCUAUGGCUGCUUGAGUGCCUCUAUUUCAAAUCACUUUUUACUCUGAACCCUUUCAGUAGGAGUGAUACUUGAUAUUCCCGAGUUCUUCUGUGUUUCAAUUUUUAAAGAGAGCAGGACAAAAGAGCUUCCAAAAAUAUAUAGUAUUAAUUUGCAAAUGAACAUUAUAUAAAUGCACUCCAUCAUCAGACCGAGAAACCACAAACUGUGGAGAUCACCAGUAUAUCAAAACAUUUUCUUCUAAAUAAAUAUCUAAACUUAAA